UCUCCUAGCUGCACAACGCUUCAGCGAACCCUUUGCCCGUUAUUAAUCUCCUUCUAUUGUCUUUCGUCUCUUUAUUUCCGACUGGUGCAUUGUAAUUGCUCAUGGACUGAACUCGAAAUCUAUUUUUCUGACUGCGCAGCCGAGGGAACCGAAGAGUCAUAUAUCAAAGGGCCACUGUGUAGUCUGUUUGUUUGUUUGUUUAAAAAAUAAAAAAAAUAAAAAAAAACUCCUUGGGUAGUUUUCAGUGACCAUGGCUGAAGAGGACAAAGCUCUGCCGCAACCCUUGUUCUGCCGAGACUUGACCUGGGACCCGUUCCGGCGCUGGCCGCAGUGGAGCCGAAUCUUCGACCAGGACUUCGGGACGCCCCCUUUCCCGAUGCCCUGUGACCUCAGCUGGGCUGAGAGCGCUGGGAGGCAGCUGGGCACCUCCUCUUGGAUGGGGUACAGACGUGCCCCUCUCUUCUCCUCGUCCGCACAGACCCCCCUGCACCCCUGUCCCAAACUACCCGGGGGCGUUUCUGAGAUCCUCACCGGACAGGACAGGUGGCAAGUCAACCUGGACGUCAACCACUUCUCCCCAGAGGAAAUAAGCAUAAAAACCAAGGAGGGUUAUCUGGAGAUCACAGGGAAACAUGAGGAGAGGGAGGACGAACACGGCUUUGUCUCUAGAUAUUUUACAAGAAAAUACAAACUCCCAGCCGAGAUUGAUCUCCAGCACGUAAGCUCCUCUCUGUCCGGUGACGGGGUGCUGUCUGUGGAGGGCCCGCUGCCUGCUUCCUCCCACCCAGCAGAGAUCAUCAUCCCCAUCCAGGUAGAAGAGAAGCUUCAGUCUUCAGAGUGCAAUGUGAAGGAUGACCCGGCAGCAGUGGGAGCCAAGACCCAAGAAACCGCUGGAGGGGAGGAGAGUGGGGAAACGCAGGCUGCAGACACAGAGGAACUCCAGACUCCGCCCACACAGGGCCCCAGCGACGAACCACAGGGCGGGGACCAGCCACAGCAAGCUCCAGCUGUCCAAUCAGAGUCCUCCUUGGAGCAAUGGGAGGAGCUUCAGGCAGAUGAUUCUGAGGUGUUGGUGGAGGAGAGAGCCACUGUCUCGGGGGGUGAGGAGGCACCCGCUCAGCCCGAGGGGGGCGCAGCCGAAGAACAAGUAGAUCCCAAACCUGCUCAAGAGGAGGGCGACGUGGGACAGGAACCGCAGGAGGCCUCGGGGAACCAGGAGGAUCAGCCCGCCCCAGAUGGAGGCGCGGAGGGGCAGGGGGAGCCAGGAGACCCCUCAUCUGAGACCGGACCCCAGCAGGACGCCGCUGGAGAACCUGUACAGGAAGCCCCGGAAUCCACUUCUGCGGAUCCCAGCCAGGAAGCCCCAAGACCUGAGCAGGACAUCCCAGAACAGCAGGAAAUAGAGCAGGUCGAGUUCACCAAGGGGGCGCCCGAAUCUUGAUCAGUCCAGGUCUUCUUCAAGCAACCUGCAGCUUCCUUGGCCCUGGCCCAACUCUCGACCGCAAUAACCUACAGUCUCAAAACUAGCACUAAAUGACCUAUGGUGACCGUACUGUAACCUUUCUACCUGGGAGCACUAAUAAACUAUUGCAUGGAU